AAUACAUUGUGUCGCUAUUCAGCUUCAGUGCUAAUCGCAUCACCGUGGACAGUCAUCGCGAAAUGGAUUUCUGCCUAAUACGUUAAAUUUUAUUUUAAAAGUAAAGUUCGGUCGUUGUUAAAUCACCCGUUGCUGGUAUGUGCCACAGUCUAGGAAUCGUCGUCGUUGUUAUCAGCCGCAUUCGAAGGGCGCCGCAUAGGAGGGGCGCGGGUGCGUAUGUUUUUGUAGCCUGUGAUGCGUGUGGCUCCUACCCCUUUAGGCCUACGAAAGAAGAAGUGCACGAGCCGUGCGCGUGGCACUGCGAAGCUUGCUCUUCCGCCGAGCGUUGAAGACUACUGUUAGCCGGGUCAUCUGCGCAUCGUGGGCCUUCUGCGAGACGGUCGUUUGAAACGCGCACUGAGCCUGGUUGCCACCAUGACGGUCUGGGACGACGACACUUUCCACAACGUCCUCUCCUUCGCGCUGUUCACCCUCUGCGUCGCGCUCGUCGCCGUGCUCGUGUGGGUGCUGCUGCGCCGGUUGCGUCGCGAACGACAGAUGCGCGACCAGGAGACCAUGACGGUCGAUCCGAGCGCCAAGCCGGGCAGCAUGGCCGACUCGGUGUCGGGCACAGGCGCCAGCCGCAAGGAAAGCGUGCUGCAGGUGCCCGGCACGGACGCGCACGACCCCAUCAAGGGCCACCAAGGGUCGAGCGUCGGAGAAGGGCCGCGGCUGGCCGAUUCCCAAGCGCCGACCACGACUGCUGCCGCAGAAACCACCCUGUCCUCACCACCAGGCGGGGCGGAACGAAACCCCGAAGCCAAAUCCGAAUCAAAGGAGCAGUCGGCCGCACCCUGUGCAUCUUCACCCGGCGAUUCCAGGCAGACGAGCGUUCUCACGGGCAAGUCCAAGAAGCACCGCCACUCCGAGUCGAAAAAGUCGCCGGAGAGCGGCAAGGCUGAGAAAGAGGAAGGCAAGGGAGGGAGGAGCAGCGCCGCUUCAAAGACCGGCUCGAAAGCCGGCUCGAAGCCGUCGUCGAGGCGUGGCUCGGUGCAGCGUUCGCAAACGUCGGCCAGCGGCAAAGCGGGCGCGGUGGACAAGAGCGCGUCGGUGCCCGCGAUUGCUGCGCUCUUGAUCCGGCGGCCGUCCUCCAGCUCCAAGAGCUCGCAACGCUCGAACCGCUCGACGCGCUACGUGCGCGAAACGCCCAAGGUUCCGCCGCCCCUGGACAUCUUCUCCAGGGAGCACUCGUCGAUGGCAGAGUCACCGCCAUCCAACCCAAUCCAAAGCCCGCCGCAGGCUGCUGCGUCAGCGACCGAGCCCGCUAAGCCUCCCGAGGCGCCUCAAGACUCUUCCAAGACGGAGGCGCCCGAGAAACCUCCCACGGAGGCCACGACUGAGGGCCACUGAACGCCGUCUAUCUUGUUCUCGCUCAUUCAAGCGGCUAUUUCAUAAGACGCGUUUUGUGCAAUUAAAGCGCGUGAUUUUUACCUUA